AAUUUGCUCACUGACGAGCAAAACCGGAAUCCUACCAAUUGCGCUCUAUUACAUAAAGACGUGAGUAAUCAAUAAAUUAUUAUGAAAUUCGUGUGAAAGUGGCGGGGAAGAGUAAAAACGUGGAAAAUCUUGAGGUGGUGUGAUCAGUUCAAUGGGGGCGUAUUUAUUACAACGUUGCCAUUUUCGAAACGUCAAUAGUGAAAAUAUCAGUAGUUGCCGUGGCGUAUCUAUUUUUUAGGCCGUAAAAACGUGUGGAAAUGGGAACAGUUGGCGAUAAUUUCCAUUAUCAAAACUUGUAAGUGGGGCGCCCGGUUGAAGGUUGUGCAGGAGGGACGUGUGGCAAUGUUGCAAUCUCAGAACUCUAUUAUCAUGUGUGACGAUUUUGUUUAAAUUUUGGUUUUGAGCACGUCUCGCUACAGUCGGAUCAAGUAGGUUUAAACAAAUGCACAAUUUGUAAACAACUUUUUCACAAUUACAACAGCGUAAAAAUGGAAAACGGCGAUAAAAGAGAAGUUCGGGUUUGGUGCGAUGGAUGUUACGAUAUGGUGCACUUUGGACAUGCCAAUUCGUUACGACAGGCCAAGGCGUUGGGCGAUAAGUUGGUGGUCGGGGUUCACAAUGACGAAGAAAUCACAAAACACAAGGGGCCCCCCGUGUUUACGGAGGAGGAACGGUACAAAAUGGUCGCGGGUAUCAAAUGGGUGGACGAAGUCGUCAAGGCGGUGCCUUACGUUACAACCUUAGAGAUUCUCGACAAGUACGAUUGCGAUUUCUGUGUUCACGGUGACGAUAUUACCAUGACUGCUGACGGUGUCGACACUUACUCAAUUGUAAAAGCGGCGGGACGUUACAAGGAAGUGCAAAGAACUGCGGGUGUGUCGACAACCGAUUUAGUGGGACGGAUGCUGCUUCUUACCCGGCAGCAUUUUCGAAGGGGAGAAUUCGAAUAUGAUGUUGCGAAAGAGCACUCAUCCACCAUGGGUCAGGAUUCGUCGGCGAAAUCGCCGUGGACCGGCUGCUCGCAAUUCCUACCGACAACCCAGAAGAUUAUACAAUUUUCCGACGGCAAACCACCCAAACCGGGUGAUAGAAUUAUUUAUGCCGCCGGUUCCUUCGACUUAUUCCACGUGGGCCACUUGGAUUUCCUCGAAAAGGCCCGAGCACAAGGUGACUAUCUCAUCAUCGGCUUACACACGGAUCCCGUAGUCAACCGCUACCAAGGCUCUAACUAUCCCAUCAUGAACUUGCACGAACGCGUUUUAAGCGUCCUUGCCUGUAAAUACGUGUCCGAGGUCGUUAUUGGGGCACCUUAUAACGUUACCAACGAUCUGAUGGAUCAUUUCAAGGUCGACCUCGUCGUACACGGUAAGACCCCCAUACUCAACGAUGAAAACGACGCAGAUCCGUUUGCGGUACCAAAACAGUUGGGCAAAUUUAUGAUUCUCGACUCCGGCAAUGAUAUGACGACGGAAAAAAUUGUCGAGAGAAUAAUUACAAAUCGACUAAAAUUCGAACAGCGCAACAUAGAGAAGGAGAAGAAGGAGCUGAAGGUGUGGCAGUAUCUGCAGGACAACGUGAAAUCCACAAACCAAAUCAUUGUUGAACAUUAAAGAAGUUUUAAGAUCGUUAAAUGUUUGCUAUGCAACAGUAUUGUUCAGUAUUUCCAUCUACUUAAGUCGUUUCACGAUUUUUAUUCAAAAUGUUGUGCCCAGUACGCGUUACUCCUAACCGUUUUGUGCUCUAAAAAUUUGUACAUAGAAAGCCUCUUUGAUCGUUGGCCUCUGUAGCUGCCACCAUCAUUUGGAGAUGUUGCUGACAGCUGCAAGGGUCUCACAUCCGACGUGACUUUCUAUUUACACUUUUUGGUUACGACGUAAUUGUGUACUUUGUACUUUUGCUAGUCAUAAUGUUUGUUACCAUAUUUUUUGAGAGUAUACUAAUUUGUAUUAUAUUUGCUGUCGAUCAA